CGUCGCGCCCCUAACCACUUCGCCCCAUUUCCACAUCGCCCCAUCCCCCACUUCUUCCUGUUUCCACUUCGCCCCAUUUCCACUUCGCCUGAGCCCGUCCAAAAAGGGCUUUUUAAUUACCGUGUUUUGGAGGACUGGUGUUGACGCUGUGUUCAGUUGCGUGUUGUCGGUAAUUAGUAUGACCGCCAAACUGGUCGAGAGAGGAGUUCCACAAACGACAUUGAGUUAUACAUUAUACCAUGGAGGAAGAAGGGGAUUCCCUCCUUCCUCCAUGAUUGUACUUGCAUUCGAGAGCGGAAAUCCCGGGGCGGGGAGGGGGGAGAGGUCCCCCGUGAAUUUGGUAUGGGAGGGACACAAUGUCAAAUGUCCCCUGACUCCCCUCCAUGUUUUAAGCAGGAACUGAUGGAUCAUGGAGAAUAGGAUUUGUACAUUCUACAGCAAUAUGUUAAGUGUGAAAUCUGUGGCUGUACUGAUAGCUUUAGUUGCUGUGUAUUGCAACUGGCCACAGCCUCCAUUAUCAGAAAGACUUCAAAAAUGGAAAACCUCAGGAAAAUACUUCAAGUUCAAGGACUUCAACAUCUUUUACAAAGAUUCUUUGGGUCAGGACCAUAGUUCUGAUGAUCGAGUGGUGCUCAUUCUUCAUGGCUUCCCAUCUUCAACUUUUGAUUGGUAUAAGAUGUGGGAUGGGCUGACAGGUCACUUUGAACGAGUCAUUGCUCCUGACUUCAUUGGAUUUGGUUUGAGUGACAAGCCAAGAGAUCAUGCCUACACCAUGUUUGAGCAAGCUGACAUUAUGGAGGCACUUUUGGCUGAGCUUGGAGUGAACCAAGUUCACAUCCUAGCACAUGAUAUGGGUGAUACAGUGGCACAGGAGCUCAUAGCAAGGCAAAAUGCCCAAACAAAGUCAAACAAGAAGCCAAAACUGGAAAUUCUCAGUGCUUGUUUGACAAAUGGAGGAAUUUUGCCUGAAACUCAUCAGCCAAGGUUUAUGCAGAAGCUGAUGAUGAAUCCCUGGAUUGCACCAAUUGGAAUGCGAGUGACGAACCGUCUGAUUUUCAGAAAAGCGUUUGGAGAAGUGUUUGGUGAGCGAACACAGCCAACAUCGGAUGAGUUCGAAGAUCACUGGGUACUGAUACGUUGGAAUGAUGGAAACCUUAUUACUUAUGAUCUAAUUCAGUAUCUUCCGCAGAGGUAUGCCAAUAGGGAUAAGUGGGUUGGUGCCCUUCAGGAAACCAAGAUUCCUUUACACUUAAUAUAUGGCCCAUCGGAUCCAAUCAAUCCUCCAAAUACUUUCCUGAAGCGAUACAAGAUGUUGAUUCCCGACUCUGGGGUUACUGAACUAGCUGACCAUAUCAGCCAUUACCCACAACUAGAAGAUCCUGAAAAUGUCUUAAAAGCCUAUGUGAAGUUCAUGGAUAGGCUAAAGAUCAAUUAAGGAUUAAGGAUUUGUUGCAGCACUAAAGAGAAAGUGAAAAGGGCAUUUAAUGUCAGGUCAAGGAAUAAGGACAAUUUCUAUUUUCGCCAAAUUUCUUUUGGAAAACCUUCGGAAAUAAGUGCAGUCUCCUAUUUUACAUGUGACUAGUAAAUACAUGUGACAUUUAACAUCUUGUCUUGAAUAAUAUGAUGUGGAAACAGACAUGUUAAGUAGUCAGUAUGACCUAUUUGUAAAGAGAUGCAGCCGCUCCUGUGGAAACCUGAGAUUGUUUUGAUGAUGGACUGCAAAGAGAUCUGGUUUUAUGGAUGAGUUUUCCUCUAAUACUCAGGGUUUCACUCACAGUUCUUAAGACUGAAAAGAAAAAUAACGAAAAAGCAACUUUUACAAAAAUAUUAUAAUUUGCUGAGCUAAUCUGAUCAGCUAAUGGAAUUUAUUGAUCUAAAAUCUUCUGUUGAUGCCAAAGUAAAAAUAUAAGAAAAUGUAAAGCAAUGGCUGGUCAGAAUAAGCAGGUUGAUAAAGAAUAAUUGUUUUCAGUGGUACCAGUACAUUUAUUUUAUAAUGUGUCUUCUAAGAAGUUUGUUUGUUUAAUCAGUGCAACUGGAAUAAUUUGAUAAAAAAAUUUUGUUCAAAAAUUGGCAUGUUUUGAUUUAGUGUAUAUGUUUACAGUUGUUGUGAUUUUUAAAACUUUUUAUACAAGAGACUGAUGAAUGCAUGCCAACAUAAAACAUGCAAGAAUAUGUCACUUUGAGUCAUUGUGAGUUUAAUUGAUUUUGUGAAAAUCGUAUGAUCCAGCAAUGUAUUUGGUAAAGGUAUACAAGUUCAUCAACAUCAUAGUUACACUGAUGGGAGUAAAAUAUAAAUUUACUACAAUGUAUAUUGCAAUAAUGAGAUUGACUUUGACAAAGGACACUUUAGUAAAAUCUUAUCUUAUAUUGUAAGAUCUUCCAAUUUGGUGUAGUACUGUGUUUGAAACUAUAUAGAAGCAAUUGCAAUAUUGUAAGAAUUCUUUAAGAUGUCUUCCCAUUGAUGAAUAAAGCAUUUUUA